UGUAGUAAAAAUCAGUGAUGAAGCCGCAAUGGCGGGUUCUAUAGAGAUUCCGUUACGCGACACAGACGAGGUAAUAGAACUCUACCUAGAUCAGUUACCAGAGGGUGAUGAAGUUCUUGGAAUUUUACGCCAAGAACAUGCACAGCUUAACAUCUGGGUCAAUUUGGCCCUUGAAUACUACAAGCAACACAAAAUUGAAGAUUUUAUUAAAAUACUUGAGUCUUCUCGAAUUGAUGCUAAUAUUGAUUACCGUGACUAUGAAAAAGAUCAAAUGCGUGCAUUGGACAUGUUGGCUGCAUAUUAUGUGCAAGAAGCCAACAGAGAGAAGAAUAAAGAUAAGAAAAGAGAUCUGUUCACAAAAGCCACACUAUUGUAUACAACAGCUGAUAAGAUCAUUAUGUAUGACCAGAAUCAUUUACUUGGCCGAGCUUACUUUUGCCUCUUGGAGGGGGAUAAAAUGGAUCAAGCAGAUGCCCAAUUUAAUUUUGUGCUGAAUCAGUCUCCCAACAAUAUUCCCUCCUUACUUGGUAAAGCAUGCAUAGCAUUCAACAAAAAAGAUUAUCGUGGUGCCCUUGCCUUUUACAAGAAGGCAUUAAGAACAAACCCAAAUUGCCCAGCUGCUGUAAGAUUAGGAAUGGGACACUGUUUUAUGAAGUUAAAUAAUCAAGAAAAGGCACGUCUAGCAUUUGAAAGAGCUUUACAAUUAGAUGGCCAAUGUGUCGGAGCAUUGGUUGGGCUUUCAGUUUUGAAACUGAAUCAACAACAGCCUGAAAGUAUCAGAACUGGUGUACAAAUGUUAUCAAAAGCUUAUACAAUUGAUUCAACAAAUCCUAUGGUGUUAAACCAUUUGGCUAAUCAUUUCUUCUUUAAAAAAGACUAUAAUAAAGUACAGCAUUUGGCACUUCAUGCAUUUCACAAUACCGAAAAUGAAGCUAUGCGCGCCGAGAGUUGCUAUCAAUUAGCUAGAGCAUUUCAUGUUCAGGGCGACUAUGAUCAAGCUUUCCAAUACUAUUAUCAAGCAACUCAAUUUGCACCCCCAGUUUUUGUAUUACCUCACUUUGGUUUAGGUCAAAUGUACGUCUAUCGCGGUGAUGCAGAAAAUGCUGCACAAUGUUUUGAGAAAGUAUUGAAAGCCCAACCUGGCAAUUACGAAACGAUGAAAAUUCUCGGUUCGUUGUAUGCUAAUUCAAGUUCUCAAUCGAAACGAGACAUUGCGAAAAAUCAUCUCCGAAAAGUAACAGAACAGUUUCCCGACGAUGUCGAAGCAUGGAUUGAACUAGCUCAAAUAUUAGAACAAAGUGACCUUAACGCAGCCUUAAAUGCAUAUGGUACUGCAACUAGAAUGUUGAAAGAAAAAGUUCAGGCGGAUAUACCGCCAGAAAUUUUAAAUAAUGUUGGAGCUCUACAUUAUAGACUUGGGAAUUUAGAAGAAGCUAGAAAAAAUUUGGAGGAAUCUUUAGCACGUUCUAAAACCGAUGCCUUACAUGAUUCUGUAUACUAUAAUUCAAUCGCGGUUACAACAACAUAUAAUUUAGCACGUUUAAACGAAGCCUUAUGUGUCUUCGAUAAAGCAGAAAAAUUGUACAAAGACAUUUUAAAGGAACAUCCAAAUUAUGUGGAUUGUUAUUUACGACUUGGUUGUAUGGCCCGAGAUAAAGGGCAAAUUUAUGAAGCUUCCGAUUGGUUCAAGGAUGCUUUGAGAAUAAACAAUGAACAUCCAGAUGCAUGGUCCCUUUUGGGUAAUUUACAUUUAGCCAAAAUGGAAUGGGGUCCUGGACAGAAGAAAUUCGAAAGAAUUCUUAAAAACCCAUCGACCAGUACCGAUGCUUAUUCUUUGAUCGCCUUGGGCAACAUUUGGUUGCAAACAUUGCAUCAAAGUGGAAAGGAUAAAGAACGAGAAAAGCGUCAUCAAGACAGAGCACUGGCCAUGUAUAAACAGGUUUUGCGAAAUGAUCCUAAAAAUAUUUGGGCGGCGAACGGAAUCGGAGCGGUGUUAGCGCACAAAGGUUGUGUAAAUGAAGCCAGAGAUAUUUUUGCUCAGGUUCGAGAAGCAACAGCAGAAUUUUGCGAUGUUUGGUUAAACAUUGCACACAUUUAUGUCGAGCAAAAACAAUUUGUUAGCGCUAUUCAAAUGUACGAAAAUUGUCUUCGUAAGUUUUACAAAUACCACCACGUCGAAGUUUUGCAAUAUCUCGGAAGAGCUUACUUCAAGGCUGGUAAAUUGAAGGAAGCAAAAUUAACAUUAUUAAAGGCAAGAAGAGUAGCACCACAAGAUACGGUUUUGCUGUACAACAUUGCGCUUGUACUUCAACGUUUGGCGACGCAGAUUUUGAAAGACGAGAAGUCAACUUUGACAACUGUACUGCAAGCAGUUCAUGAACUAGGACUUUCGCAUAAGUAUUUCCAAUACUUAUCGACACACGGAGACAGAAUGGAACAACUUGCAGAAACAGAAGCGAGAAGAUGUCAGGACUUACUAUCUCAAGCACAAUAUCAUGUUGCUCGAGCUAGAAGAUUGGACGAGGAAGAAAAAAUGCUUAGAAGAAAACAAGAGGAAGAAAGGCAAGCAUUCAAAAUGCGUCAGACUGAAGAACAACGAAAGCUCGAGGAAUUGCGUCGUCAAAAGGAAGAAGAAAUGUUACAGAAACGACAAGAAUAUGUUGAAAAGACCAAGAACGCUUUGGUAUUUGGCGAAAUGCCUUCAGAGAAGCCUGGAAAGAAAGGAAAGAGAGUACGUACUGAUCAGUAUAUUAGUGAUAGUGGUGGUUCAGGAAGAGACGAGGGUAGAGAAGAAGCACCGAGGGAAAGGAAACGCAAAAGGAAAGCGAGUGGCGAACGCAAAGAAAGGAAAGGCAAGGGUCAAAGAAGACGUAAGAAGGAAGCGGCUAGUGGAGAAAGUGGUUCAGAAAGCGACCGACCCAAGCCAAAACGUGGAAGGAAAACUAGAACCAACAGGAAGGAUAGAACAUCCCGAAAAAGUACUGCUGAGACUUCAAAGGGCAAAAUGCCAUUAUCUAAAGAAACCAUAUCGACUAGUGAAUCUGAUAGUGAUUCAGGGGGUCUUAAAAUUGCUAGCGGAGGUGAAAGCGGUAACGAAGGCGGUCGUGGCCGCGGAAGCAGAAGAAUCAGAUCUGAUUCAGAAGGUUCUCGUGCUUCAGGAUCUAGAUCUCGUUCCCGAUCAAAAUCCAGAAGCCGUUCCCGAAGUACCUCACGAUCGCGUUCGCGUUCUCAAUCACGAUCUCAGUCACGAUCAGUGUCUCGAUCUCGAUCUCGAUCCAUGUCGCGAUCCAGAUCGCGUUCAGGCUCGAAAUCAAGGAGUCAAUCGCGAUCAAGAAGUCCGUCUAGAUCGAGAUCAGGCUCGGCAAAGAGCGGAUCCCGUUCGAGAUCGGGUUCCAGGUCAAGAUCAGGGUCAAGGAAGAGUCAAUCGCGAUCAAGGUCGCGUAGUGGAUCAAGGAAGAGCGGAUCUCAUCCACGAUCGAGAUCAGGAUCCGCAGCAAGUGGUUCGAGAUCGAGAUCAGGAUCACCUGCUGGUUCGGGAAAGGCAGGCUCACGAUCGAGGUCAAGAUCAGGAUCAAGAAGCGGUUCGCAAUCGGAGGGACGAAAAUCCAGGAGCAAAAGCAGAUCGAAAUCGAAAUCUGUUUCAAGGUCCAGAUCGCGUUCGGGUUCAAGAUCAAAGAGUGGUUCGCGAAGUCGCAGUCCUAGUGGUUCAGCCCGGUCUGCUACUCCAGAAUCCAGAAAAUCUGUAUCGGGCAGUGACGUUGGUUCUCGCCAUUCAAGUUCAGAUCGAGGUGGCGGAAGCGACAGCGAGUAAAUUCAAUGUUAGAGUUGAAGUAAUUAGAAACACUCGCGAAAGAUUCACUUUAACUGUGCAUUAUACACUUUUUGUACGGGUAAAGUUUAC